AUGCUCCGCCACAAACCACCACUCUCCUCCCUCCUCCUCCCCUUCCUCCUCCUCUUCUCCGCCGCAGCAACCACCACCUCAAUCUCAAAACAGUUCAAAGAAGCUCCCAAAUUCUACAACGCACCAGAAUGCCCCCAAACCCACAUUGACACUGAUGACGUUGACCGCCAAACCGACACUUUGGACACCGACCCUGACUCCGCCGUCCACGUAGCCAUGACACUCGACGCCACCUACAUCCGGGGAUCAAUGGCCGCCAUCUUCUCCGUCCUCCAACACUCAUCUUGUCCACAAAACAUCGUCUUCCAUUUUGUCACAUCCGCUUCUUCCGACGCGUCACUCCUACGCGCCACCAUCUCCACCUCUUUUCCUUACCUGAAAUUCAAACUCUACCCCUUUAAUGAUUACUUCGUCGCCGGACUUAUUUCCACCUCGAUUCGCUCCGCCCUCGACUGCCCACUCAACUAUGCUCGGAGCUACCUUGCCAACAUCCUCCCACUCCACGUACGCAAAGUCGUCUACCUUGAUUCCGAUCUGGUGCUCGUCGACGACAUUGCGAAACUCGCCUCCACACCACUCGGCGACGACUCCGUCCUCGCCGCACCGGAAUACUGCAACGCCAACUUUACCUUUUAUUUCACACCUACUUUCUGGUCCAACCCAUCUCUAUCAUUAACCUUUGCCAACCGAAAAGCAUGUUACUUUAACACCGGCGUGAUGGUGAUCGACCUAGACCGGUGGCGCACCGGAGAUUACACGAGAAAGAUCGAGGAAUGGAUGGAGCUACAGAAACGAAUGAGAAUCUAUGAAUUAGGUUCACUGCCACCGUUUUUGCUUGUUUUUGCCGGAAAUAUAGCUCCGGUGGAUCACCGGUGGAAUCAACAUGGGCUCGGCGGGGAUAAUUUCCGAGGGCUUUGUCGUGAUCUACAUCCGGGACCGGUGAGUCUGUUACAUUGGAGUGGGAAAGGGAAGCCAUGGGUGAGACUUGAUGCAGAAAGGCCAUGUCCGUUGGAUGCUCUUUGGGCGCCAUAUGAUCUUUUGAAACCUCCAUUUUCUUUUGAUUGUUGAAGAAAUGGUGAUGAUGAUGAUGGUGAAGAACAUGAACUCCAUCAUGAUAUCAUCUAGUUUUUGUUUUUUAUAUUUUGUAUUUUUAUAUUAAAAUUUGAAAUUGUACAUUUGUUUAAAAAAAAUAUAGUAGGAAUUCAUGAUUUUGUUGUAUAAGAAAAGAAAGAAAGUCCAAAUACAUAAAGUGAUGUAAUAAAAGACGUCUCUUUCUUCC